AUGCCUCACCUUGAAUUCGGCGACAAGAUCGUGCUCCCACCGAAAAUCCUAGUCGAUCUACAAUGCCUGAAAAUCCCAACUCCACUAAUCUUCAUGGUUCGAGCUGCAGGUCAAGAUAACCAACCAGAAGGAGAUCUAGCCAUAUCCAGUCAAUAUUGUUCUGUUCAGGAGUUCAGCUCCCCCGAUGGACAAGUUUUCGUACCAUACUGGUUGAUGCAGAAUUUAGGUGUUCGUGAAGGUGGCUCUGUCGUGGUAACAAGCGUAGUCAACCUUCCUCGUGGUGUGUACUGUCGCUUGCAACCAGAAACCACAAGUUUUCUCGAUCUUGCGGCGGAGAUUGGUCCAAAGCUGUUAAUGGAGACAGCACUGCGGCGAUACUCGGUCUUGAGCACGGGCUCAACUAUUGUGAUUGAAUACGGUAGUGUCCGAUAUAACGUCCGAGUGGUGGAGCUAAAACCAGCAGCAGUUGUUAGUUUGUGUGGUGAUGUUGAUCUAGAGACGGAUUUUAUGCCUCCUGAGUUCGAAUGUUCGACUUGUCAAGAAAAAAUCUUGCGUAUUCACGAAAGUCGGCAUCACCACUGCCCGGACUGCUCUGUCCUCUGCGACAACAAUGAAACACUAGCAGACCAUCAGCGAAAUGAACACACUGCUUCCAGCAAGUGCUCGUUAUGCCAUGCAUUUUUCACACGUGCAGAGCUGCAAAAUCACUUAGACAACCGACAAUGCGCCCACGCGUUAAUGCCUAAGCUGGAAAUUACACAACACACUCACAUGUGCUCCAGUCGAACUGAGCGCUGUGAUGAAUGCAAGUCAUACGUCAAAAUCACGGACCUUGACACGCAUGAACAGCAGUGCGCAGCGUUUGCUCGACAAGAAUCUACGUUACUUAAACCCGAAACAAGCGUGGCAACCACAACUCCAAGCCAGAAUGCUAUCGAGUGUGUAUACUGCUUACAAGGAAACUUUCCCGACAUUGCAGCUGUAGAGUAUCACGUUCUACGCGACUGUCACGUUGCCAAGUCUUUCACAACAGAGCCCACAAGAACCAAUCAAGAAGAAGCAGAUCCUGUAAGCUCAGAAGACGUCGAAGAACCUCAUAGCAGCGAAAUAGUCCGACCGCUUCUCGCUCAAGGACGUAUGCGACGAAAAGACGACGCCAAUGCUCUCCGCUGCACAGCCUCACGGUCACUAUUCAGCAGCAACAACAACCACUGGAACCAACGUAACCCUCCACCAUCACCGACUGUCCUACCACCAGUGCGUCUAGCACUUCAAGCAGGAAAACUGCGAAAACUCAAGCCCAAGCCUCGACCAAAUCCGCACGUGCGAUCAUUAUCACAACCAGCAAAGCUAGCGGCCAAAUCAGUGCACACCAGCGAUAGAAAUGUCAAUUUUGGGUCUCCAGACUUGUGCAUCUCCAGCGUUGGUGGCAACUCGCAACGUUCACAGGCUAUUCCGCCCCGUCCACAAGCUACUACGCGAACAAGACGACAACCUGCUGCGAAUCUCCCUCGUCUGGAAAAGUUGCCAUGA